AAAUAAGAGCCAGGUCACGUGAUCCGCUUGGCUGCACUGUCAGGGUUACCGUGACAGCGGAAGGCUCUGGCAUCUCGGGGCUCGUUGCUUAGGGAGGAAGGAGCGUGCGGGCCCGGCCCCACUCGACCCGGCCGCUGGUAGCUGCGCUGCGUCGGGCCUUGGCGCUUUGCCCUCCCUCGGCUUGUCCCCGCCGGCCUCGGAGCGCGGCUUAGGCCCUUCUCGCCCAGGUAGCAUCCCUCGUUCGGCUCCAUGGAGCGCGCCGCCGCGAUGACGGACAUGUAUGACCAGGCGUUGUUGGGCAUCUUGCAGCAUGUGGGCAACGUCCAGGAGUUCCUGAACAUCCUCUUCGGCUUUCUCUACCGCAAGACCGACUUUUAUCGUCUCCUGCUGCAGCCGACGGACCGGCUUGGCUUCCCUCCAGGCGUGGCGAAGACCAUGACCCUCAAGGCAUUUAAAACCUUUGAACAUCUGGCCCAUCAAGAUGAAGACAGAAGACAACAUGAAAUGGAGGAGAAGUUGAGGAAAAGAGAGAAGGACUUGGCAGUUGCAGGAGAGAAGAUGAAGGUGCCUGCUGUAGCUGAGGAGGUUGAGGUCAACUCGGCAGUAGAGCAUGACUCUGCACUGGAUAAUGCAAAGGCUGCAGAAUCACAGGAGGCUGUGGUAGCAGAGGAGCAAGUAGACGCACAAGCUACUAAUGCUGUAGUGGAGCCAUCGGUACCUGUUGCUGCUCCUUUAGAAGCUCAGCCAGCAGAACUGCCCAGGAAACAGGAGCAAUUCCAGGCAAAUCCGGACAGUUACAAUGGAGCAGUGCGAGAGAAUUAUGUCUGGUCCCAAGACUAUAGUGAUGUGGAGAUUAAAGUUCCAGUGCCCAAGCACAUUCGGAAAGGCAGGCAGGUUUCUGUGGACAUUGGCAGUAAUUCAAUUCAUGUGGCGGUGGUGGAGGGAAAUGGGUAUCGGGUGCUCAUGGAAGGCACGCUUACCCACAAGAUCAACACUGAGAACUCUGUCUGGAGUAUGGAACCAGGAAAGUGCAUCCUGAUUAACCUGAGCAAGGUAGGCGAAUACUGGUGGAGUGCCAUUUUAGAAGGAGAAGAGCAGAUUGACAUUGAUAAAAUCAAUAAGGAGCGAUCUAUGGCAACAGUGGAUGAAGAAGAGCAUGCUGUACUUGACAGACUAUCUUUUGACUACCAUCAGAAGCUGCAGGGCAAGCCACAAAGCCACGAGAUGAAAGUCCAUGAGAUGCUCAAGAAGGGCUGGGAUGCUGAAGGCUCCCCAUUCCGAGGCCAGAAGUUUGAUCCCUCCAUGUUCAACAUCUCUCCUGGGGCCGUGCACUUUUGAUGAUGGCACCGAGGACGAGAGACUUGCCUACUGUCUGGCAGAAAGGAUGAACUGAUGCCACUGCCAGGCCCCUCCUGCUGCCGUCGCCGUCAUGUGACUUCAAGGAGCUCUUUUGAUCCUGCACUGUUACCUGGGCAUAUGUGUAAAACGACAGAUGUUAAAAUGACCAGAGUGUGGGUUUGGUUUUCGGGAGGGGGGCAGAGAGGGAGCUGAGGUGUCAGUGUGGGUGAGUCCUUCUCUCCAUCACCAGGUUGGUGCAUUUGAUAUGUAUGUGGGGGAAACCUAGUGAAAGCAGCAUUACGUACUGUGUCGCCACGGCAACCAGCAGCUGCUGGUAGCAUUUCCUCUUCUCUCUUGUUAAUGGAUUCAUUUGCUAUUGGUCGGGAGAAGAUUGCUUAAAGGCAGUUUUCUAUCCUCCCCCACCCCUACCCCUUUUUUCAGAUAUAGAUGCAGUUUGCAGUUCGGAAAAAUUAUGGCAACUUCUCUGUUGCUUCUUUGAAGCUGCCUUCCGCUUUUCUUAUACCAACCCCUUCCAGUUUUAGGAAACCCAAACUCCUAAUGCCACUGGGCAGUAUAGCCUUCUCUAAACAUUGACAAUCUGCAAUCAUUGUCAUUUCAGUGGUAUCCAGAAUGUUAGGUUGGUCUUUGAGGCCCUGCCAGGGGGAUGGAAAUGUUGCAAGGCUUCAUCAAAUUAUCUGAAAAAGAGCUAAACAGAAGGUGACGCUUGAUAGCUAUAUAGUUGGAGUGGUCUGUGAAGUCCAGGGAUGGCAUAAAAAGAAAAAGAAACCAGGUGGCCCCCAUCCUGCUUUCUGUGAAUGGGUGACUUGGUGUUCCCAAAGCUGCAGUUUGCUUACAAAGCUUAUCUUCUUCUUGCUUUUGUCCAAAUGUCCUUGCCAUUAAGUUUCUAAACUUGGGUAUCCUUUUUCAUCCUCCCGAUGAAAUAUAAAAUGUUUGACUGCAUGUUAUGUGUAUCUGUUUAAAAAAAAGAAAAGAAAAAGCAAGGAAGAGCAAACAGGAGAGGCGGUAGUGACCAUGGAGCAAGGGGUUUGUGCUUAUGUAUACAUGCAGUUCCUGAAAGAUCCUGCCUUCGGCUCCAAAACUGCUAUUUGCACAAAAAGGAAAGCUGCUGACACCAGUUAUAGCUUGAGGGUAUUUUGUCCCCCCACUUCCAUAACUGCUUUCCUCUCUCUUCCUUGCAGAUCUGGCUGACUUUUUCUUGCAUAGCCGCUAUUUAAAAAAUAAUACAGUCCCAUAUAUCUCUUAUGAACUAGUUGGCUCUUAAGUGCAUACAAUUAAUGUGGUUUCAGGUAAACUGAGCUGAUGGCAGUGCUUAAGGUGAUAAAGCUAAUGUAGGGCAAUCUUCUGGACUCCUUAUUUGAAUCCUGUAAUAUAUAGGAGGCAAAGAGUGAGGGCGUCAUUCAACUUUGUCUGGUUCCAGAUAGACCAUGUGUGUUUUCCAAGAGAGAGCAGGUUUUAUUCUUGAUUCUUGUCCAGUUCUUCAAAGGAAGUGUCAUGAUGCCAAAAGGGCGGGGUUAGGGGAAUGGUGGCCUUACUAUAUUAACUGAUUGUCUGAAUCAACUUCCAAUGUACUGUUUCAAGGAUCCUGUUUUUGCAUAUUUUAAUUUCAGCUGACAAUCUCAUACCAAAGGUAGGGAGAGAUACUGUUGAGGAAACAAAGAUCGUUGCACUUAUUAUGUUCCCUCUUCCUACUUUGGCAAGGCUUGUUAGAACCUCUUAGCAAGUAUAGAUCUUAUCCCUGUUGUUGUGGCAGCUCCAUAACUUUUAUCCUAGAACAAAUAAGAAAUAUGGUCACAACAAACUGAUUGGGAAGAUAGCCGUGUCAGAUUUAAUAAUAGGUACUUGUCUGGUGGCCAUUAACAAUUAACAAAGGCAGUGGUUCUGGAGCAGCUUCACUUAGCUUUCCUCAACCUAGAAGAUUAAGAUAGUUGUAGCCCAACAUUUGGGAAACACCAGGUUGGGGAAGUCUUUUCUAACCCUGUCAAAAUGGAAGACUUUUUAGGUGUGUUCAUAACUGCUGGAUGGGCCCUCCGAGAGCAGAAAGCUUUAUCUACAGUGUUCUCUGAUGAAAAGGGAAUCAUCGUCUAUAAUAACACUGGUGCAACACUGUCAGCAACUCGCUAUCCCCUAUAGAAUCAUAACAUACAUGACUGACUGAAGGGGCAGUAGUGUCCAUCAGGGAACCUGGGAUUCAUUUUCAUUGAGGAGGAGGACUUCAUUCUGCACUCUUCAGCACUUGGUUGAAUUUUCUCAUUCCUGCUAUUAAUUACCAAAAAUCAGGCACAGGAUUAAUAAAGGCCCUUGACUUGUGAUACCUGCUUGGCAUUUGAAAAUCCAAUGCAGUAAAGAGUAUCUGGUACUUUCCUCCUCUGCCCCUUCGUCACCCUCUUCCAGGCAAGGUGUAACACACAGCUGAGCGCUCACCCAUUAGAAAACAGGGAGGACUUACUUUUUGGGGAGGUGCAACGCCAAGAAAGACACUCAGGAUCCAAAUUGGCUCAGAUGAUUUCUUCAUUGCCUCAGUUGUAUUGAGAACGUGGUAAGUAUUGAGGUUCCACAAAAGGAGUGGAAAGCUUGCUAGCCUUUUAUCAAAUAUUAGCUUGUGUUAGCUCCUGAACAUAGUUGGCAUCUGCUGCCAUUAGAAACAGAAGUUCUGUUUGUCAGCUACUGCUAAGUAGAUCUUGAUUAUCUGAUCCCUAAGUAGAGGACAAGGAAGUUGAUUGGCUCAGCUUGGCUGUAGAAGGAUCAGCAGGUAAUCUUUGCUAUCUCGUUUCUGGCAAAUUUUUGUGUUUUUAGUAAUCCGGUCACUUUCUAGGUAUAAAAGUAGAAAGAAACAUGUCAGACAAUGUGAUUACUCCCUGCCAAGAUAAUGGUGGUUAUUCACAUGCACCAUUUUGUGUGUUUUCAGUUUUGCCUAAAAUAAUGUGAGUGGUAGCUCACUUGCUGUGAAGAGCAUAGUGAGACUUGGCAAGACAUUAGCCCUCCUUUGGUGCACUGCAUUUGUUUCUCCUCCCGCAGCCUUAAAUUAUUGAAAGCAACCAUAGAUCUUAGAAGUAUGCUUGAAGGCAUCCAGCAGCAACUCCCUGGGUUUUGUCCCUUGCAGAAAUGGAGCACUCGCAGCUCCAGUGCUAGAAUAGGAGCACCGAGACUCCUUUGUCGGAUCUCAAGUGCAGAUCUCAAGUAGGAUGAUCCAAAUGGAUGGCUUUGUUUAGGGCUGUGCUUUAGGAAUUAAGACACCCAGCUGCAAGAGAUUUGUCCAGUCCGACCUUUCAUGCUCUGUUUGGACAUCUUAGUGAAGACAACAGUUCAAGACUGGGUAAAUUGGGCCUAGAAGAAAAUGCCUAACCCUUUCCUCAGAAUACCAGUUGUAGCCAUACAUGAUACCAAAUAGGAAAGGCAAAGGAUGUUGGGGAAACCCACAGAGGUAGGUUGGGAAAGUGUAAGGACUACUUAAUAUUUGAUUUUUGUCCUGCAUAUGUCUGAGGGAUGUUGGCAUGUUGCCUCUUGACAGAUUUAUGUCCAAAGAGCUGACUGUUUUUUAUCACACAAAAUACCUUCUCCUAGAAAAACAAAACAAAAGUGAGAUCGGCUCACUCCAGGUCGGCAACUAAAGUUAACCGACAAAGAUCAGGGCAGGUGGUGAAAAGCAGCUUGCUUCCAGUGCCUGAUCGCCAGCCUAAGCAUUGUGCCCCGCCAGUUUGUUAAGCUAUGCAUUUAUGUAAAACUGUGUCACUGGCCAGCUUUCCACAUGUAGCAGACAUUUCCACAGAUUAUUCUUUUCUAAUUAGAAAUGCUUCCUCCUGAACAUGCGUCCAGUCCGUGUCUUUUGAGGACUCUGCUUGCUUUCUAUUCCUCUUGAGGUCAGAAACUGCAACGUUGUCAUUAAGCAGGACAGAGUAAAACUAGGGUAAGUCUGCACAUUUUGUUACCUUCAGGUGAACCCAGCCUUCCUGAUUUGUAUGGUGAUGGUCAAGGACUUGAUAAACUCCCCAGUUCUGCUAUUCUGCUGCAAAAAUGGGGCAAGAGUAGAAAGAGGGUUUGUCAAGCAUUCGAUAUGCUUACAAUCCAUGAAAUGGUGGGCCACCAAUCAUUUUAAGUUUGGAGUAAGCUGACUGUUAAUUUUUUAAUUUCCUGUUGUAUCUUUCCUCUCGUGCAUGGAAAAAGGCUGAUCACUUUUGAUGUCAGCAUUUUGUUUAUUUCUGGUUGUCUAGAGCUAUAAGUUACAAUUUGCAUACAAAGCAGGACAGUGUUGGCGUUGUUUGAGCUGAACUAAGGGACUGUGGACCUGUGGCACAGACACUCUACCUGCUUGCAAUAAACGAGUUUCCUCUAA